GACGGUCCCGGCGCGGCGGCGGGCGCGGGGCCCAGCAACGUGCCCGCUUUCCUUACCAAGCUGUGGACUCUCGUAGAGGAUCCCGACACCGACGCCUUGAUCUGCUGGAGCCCGGUGAGUCGCCGGGAAUGCGGCGGGGAGGGAAUCGUUGGAAUUUUCGGUGGUGAGAGGAGGCUCGGCCCGGUUCGGCCCGCCUGAGGGCGAACGCCCGCGGCCUUUGCUGGCCCACAAGGCCCGGGAGAUUAUUAUUAUUUUUUUUUGUUGUUGUCGUUUUUAAUUCUCCUAAAAAAUACCUCAAAAAAAAAAAAAAACCCAAACAAAUAAAAAAUAAAUCCCGUUAAAAUCCCAGCAGCGGGAAUGCGCGAGAGAUAAAGAAAGAAAUAAAAAACGUCAACACGGCGAGAAAGGUUGGGACGACCUUUGGAGCGAGAGCGGGAGCAGCUUCCACGUUUUUGACCAAGGUCAAUUUUCCAAGGAAGUUCUUCCCAAAUAUUUCAAACACAACAACAUGGCGAGCUUCGUGCGGCAGCUCAACAUGUAUGGCUUCAGGAAAGUGGUGCACCUGGAGCAGGGGGGGCUGGUGAAGCCCGACAGGGACGACACGGAAUUCCAGCAUCCCUUUUUCCUCAGGGGGCAGGAGCAGCUCCUGGAGAACAUCAAGAGAAAAGUGACCAGCCUUCCCGGGCUGAAGGCGGAGGAGCUGCGCGUGCGUCAGGACGGCGUGGCGCGGCUCCUGGCCGACAUGCAGGCCAUGAGGGGCAAACAGGACAGCCUGGAUUCCCGACUGCUGGCCAUGAAACAUGAGAACGAGGCUCUGUGGCGGGAGGUGGCGAGCCUGCGGCAGAAGCACGCGCAGCAGCAGAAGGUCGUCAACAAGCUGAUCCAAUUCCUGAUUUCCCUCGUCCAAUCCAACCGGAUCCUCGGCGUCAAAAGGAAAAUCCCCCUGAUGUUGAACGACGGCGGCCCCGCACAUUCCAUGCCCAAGUACAGCCGGCAAUAUUCCCUGGAACACCACGGGAAUUCCAACUACGCCGCUCCGUCCCCGGCGUUCGGGGGUCCCGCUCUGUUCCCGGCGGAUUCCGGGAAUUCCAAUUCCGGCCCCAUCAUCUCGGAUGUGACGGAGCUGCCCCCGUCCAGCCCCGAGGCCUCGCCCGGGGGGAGCCUGGACGGGAGGAGCAGCCCGGUGAUCCGGAUCAAGGAGGAGCCUCCCAGCCCCACCCGGAGCCCGCAGGUGGAGGAGCCCAAGAACCCCGGGAAUUCCGGGAAUUCCGAAACCCCCCUGUCCCCUUCCACCUUCAUCGACUCCAUCCUGCGGGAAAACGACUCCGGAGCCGCUCCCGGGAAUCCCCAAUCCCAGGAAAAGUGCCUGAGCGUCGCCUGCCUCGACAAGAAUGAGCUCAGCGAGCACCUGGACACGAUCGAUUCCAGCCUGGACAAUCUGCAGGCGAUGCUGAGCACCCACGGAUUCAGCAUGGACACCGCCCUGCUCGACCUCUUCAGCCCAUCCGUGGCCGUUCCCGAUGUGACCCUGCCAGACCUGGACAGCAGCUUGGCCAGCAUCCAGGAUCUCCUCUCAUCCCAGGAGCAGCAAAAGCCGACGGAGAGUGAACCCGGCGCCGGGGACUCCGGGAAGCAGCUGGUGCCCUGCACAGUCCAGCCCCUUUUCCUGGUGGAUUCCAGCGCCGUCGACGUCGGAUCCGGGGAUCUUCCCAUUUUUUUCGAGCUGGGGGAGGGGCCGUGUUUCCCUGACGGGGACGAAUAUCCCGAGGAAUAUCCCGAGGAAUAUCCCGAGGAAUAUCCCGAGGAUCCCGCGCUGCUGCCGGGCCCGAGGCCGCCCACGCCCAAGGACCCGGCCGUGUCCUAAAAUAAAAAAAAAAAAAAAAAAAAAAAAACAAAAAAAACUGGGAAUGGGGACAGGGACAGGGACUGGAUCCCGGGAAAAAAAAAAAAAAAAAGGAUUGAGAAAAGGAUUCCGAAAAAGGAUCCCAAAAAAAGAUCCCAAAAAGGGAAGGAAGCCUCAAGCGACUCCUGCUUCGCACGGAUCCCGGAGCCGCCGCUGCCCUCGGAGCAUCCUGGAGAAUUCCGGGAAAUCCUGGAGAAUUCCAGGAAAUCCUGGAGGAUCCCAAAUCAUCCCAGAGCGUCCUGGGGGAAUCCCGGAGCGUUCCAGGAGAUUCCAGAGCGUCCCAGGGAAUUGUGGGGAAUCGUGGAGCGUCCCGGGGGAAUCCUGGAGGAUCCCAAAAGAUUCUGAAGGA